CGGCUGAUCUCUGUAACAGACGGUUAAAAUGCUGGGGACAACGAAACGUGGAUAGUUAGUAACAUAAACAGAGAGAAAAAAAACAACAACACGUUGGCCCCCCAUUUGUUUGUAAAUAUAGUAGUUUAUGAAAGAACUAUUUGGAUUUUCUUAAUAAAUACUGUGAUAAUAACCAGAAUAUCAACUUUGAAUUUUCACACAAAAUAACUACACCGGAUUUCCAUAAUAAUUUCCACACAUACAAAUAAAAAGGAGAUGCCUUGCCGAGAAGAUAUUAUGUCUAACUUGGAGCCUGGGGACUACUACACUCCUGAACGUCUCCGAGACGACAUCAGCAAAAGCCCAAAGAGCCUGCUGAUCAUCGAUUGCAGGUCACAAUCGGAUUACUCCCGCUCACACGUUCGGGGCUCCAUUAACGUCACGUUGCCGUCUCUCAUGCUCAAGCGAUUGAAACGCGGGAAUCUGAACAUAUCGUCAGUCAUCCAGAACAACGAAGCCAAGGAGAGAUUUACCAAAUACUCCAAAUCGGCAUCUAUUGUUCUAUACGAUGAGUGUUCAACAGAUUUAAACUCCAAUCCAUCUUCUGUUAUUAAUUUGCUGAUUAAAAAACUGAGGCAGGAUGGUUGCCGAGCUUCAUUUCUAAUUGGUGGUUUCUCCACAUUUGAAGAAAGAUUCCCAGAGUAUUGUCAGCACCAGGACCAUGAAAGCAGUAUUUUGGGACUCUGCAAUUUGAGAAUCUCAGAGGAGUCAACGCUGUGUGAUGCAGACACCUUGUCCACUUGCAGCACAGCCAGUCCCAUCUCUUGUCCAUUUCCAGUUUGUGUUCUUCCAUAUCUUUACCUGGGCAGUGCCAAAAAUUCUGCAGAUCUGGCACAACUGAAAAAGUAUGGCAUCACUUAUGUCCUUAAUGUCACAACCAAUGUUCCCAACAUGUUCGAGAAUGAAAAGAAUUUCAAAUAUCUUCAAAUCCCAAUUUCUGACCACUGGUCCCAGAAUUUGUCAGUCUAUUUCCCAGAAGCAAUCAGAUUUAUUGAUGAGGCAAGAAACAAUCAGAAAGGUGUUCUUGUCCACUGUCUGGCUGGGAUUAGUAGGUCUGUAACUGUGACAGUCGCUUACCUUAUGAGUCGGGAAAGCAUGACCCUGAAUGAGGCUUACGAUCACGUCAAGAACUGCAAACCCAAUAUUUCUCCGAACUUCACUUUCAUGGGGCAGCUGUUGGACUUUGAAAAAGAUUUGAACAAUGAGAGAUCUAAUGAUUCUUGUGAUGAAAGUUUAAUAAGUGAUUGUGAGAAGCUGAGUCCAACAAGUAGCAACUGCAGUCCCAUAUGAUGGACAGUUUUGUUCAAAUGACUAAUAAAAAGAAAAUUCUUGGUAUCUUUUUAAAAAAUCUGUAUGUUUGAAGCAAGAUUCAAAGCAGCAAGUACUGAGAACGUACAAGAAUUGUUUUGUUGUUGUUAAAAAUAGAAGAUAUUACAAUGUAUUGUAUAUAUAAAUAAUGUGUCAAGUUGAGAACGUUGGUAAGAUUGUUCAAAUCUUCCACCAGGCGACGGUGAUGAAACCAUGCGAUUGUUUUUAUUCUUUGCCUACCAAUAUAUUGCAUUCUGUGAUCCUUGUUACUUAUAAAUAGUAAAUCAAUGUUUUGUUUCACUAUAUAAAGUUAUAAGAAAAAGAAGUGUAUAAAUUGUCAUUUGUUACACGAUGAUACUCUAUCCUGUUAUUUUGUUAUUAAUGAGCCUCAGCUAGCAGUACAAGGGCUUCCCUAUUACUGUCAAUUAUAGAACUUUCAAAAGGGCAUGCAGUUCUUGGAACUUCAUCUUGAAAAAAAAAACAUUUUUGUACUUCUUUUAUUAAUUUUUUUAUAAUCAUGUAUUAUUAUUAUUACUACUACUGAGUUUUACUUAAAGGAAUAUAGAAGAGUAUAUUAUAUCAGCUUGAAAUAUAAAUUGAUUGUGUAUAUAUAAGUGCUCGGACCAUGUAUAUCAUGCUAAGAUGGACAAUUAAGUCUUGAUGGCUUGUGUACAAAAUGUCUUUCAGUUGAUGAUGUAAAAGUUAGAGAGGGUUUGAAAAGGUUGGCUCUUGAACUUGACACUAUGUUAAUGUAUACAUAAAAUAAGCCCACUACUUCUGAUGGCAGCACUAAGUUUCAAUAUAUCAAUUAUUACUGACAGUGUUUGUGGUAGAUGUCUCCUACAGAAUCUUGAUCAGGAGGAAAAGAAUAACAGACAUUGGAUUAUACUGUUCUGAAAGAGCUCAUGAACAAAGACUAUAAAAGUUAAAACAUGUUUUUGGUUUUCUAUUAUCUUUUUUUCUAUGAAUAUUCACCAGAUGUCUACCACAUAGCAGUGCCAUGUAUUGCUUUUUGUCAUUUUGUCUUUUUUUUUGUUUUUGUUACUUGUAUUUUUAGAAGAGAUAACAUUUAUUUCCUCUAGAUAUGUGUGUUAUGUACAAACUUGUUUGGAAUUCAACUUUAUAUAUAUAUAAAAACUGUGAUUCUUUUGCCUUGUGUUAUAUUUUAGUUUUGUUUUAUACUUUGACAGAAUAUUAGUCUUAAAAUCUUUUAAAUUUUCUCGAUUCGCCACUGUAAAAAGAUUUUCUUACCUGGGUGGGGAGAAAAAAAAAGAGGUUAAAGUUUGGAUGAGGAAAUGGGGGAAUUAAAUUUCUUUGUUAUCAAUGCAAGGAAUAUAUAUAGAAAACAAGAUUGUACAUAUUAGAAUAUCAGUGUUUGAUUGUAGUUUGUACCUAAUGUAAACUACUGUUCUCAUGUUUAUUACAAUAAUCAAAGCACAUUGACUACAUUAUAGCUAGGUUCACUGCCAGUUAUCAUGACAUUAUUCACAGUAGGGUCUUCAUUAUUUCUUAACUGUAUCAGCUGAUUGGAGGGGGGGGGGAUUAUCUUUUGUCUUGCAAAAUUCCUCUGACUCAGUUAAAAUUCAAAAUGAGUGUGUGAAUAGUGUAAAGACCGGUAGUUAUUUCAGAUCAUAACGGGGAGACAUCCUGAAGGUCCCUGGAGUUCUAGUCGCACCUGGAAACAGCUGCUUAUUUUCUCCAGUGGCUUCAGAUGUAUCCUCACCAUUUCGUACAGAACAUAUUAAAACAAUUUUUUUUAAAAAUUACAUUUGGUUUGAAUGGUUUAGUAAUAGUGUAUAAUAAUGAGUCAUAUCAUAGUUUUUUUGUUGUUUUUUUUUUAUUAAGACUUUAAAAUUUUAAAAUUAUUUUAUAUAGUCAAGCUUAUAGAUUUUAUACUUUGUAUACAUUUUCCUAGCAAAAAAGGAAUUUGAAGAAUCGUAGAUUAGUGUUUGUGCCUUUUGUUUACUUCAAAAACUUUUUGUUUUUCUGCAAUUCAUUCUGUUUUUCCUCCAGUCAUCUUUGUUUACAGUGUCAUCAUCUGUAACUUUGUUUACAGUGUCAUCAUCUGUCACUUUGUUUCACCAAAGAAAGUAUUCUUACUUAUUAGAGAAAGAAUAUGUCUUCCAAAAUGUUGCAUUGUACAACUAGGCUUUUCAGAAAUAAAAAUAUUUUUUUUGACUUUUA